AUGGUCCUGGCUACUGUAUGCUCAACUUGGGUAGCUGUAAACGCUGGCACAUCCCGGCGUAGCAUCUUAGUUCCUCAGGGAUGUGUCUCUGGAACAGCUACACGGAAGGGUAACAAAAUGGCUGUCAGAUGUGGCCUACUUAUGCUGCUUUGUUGCGCAAUGAAUGGAACAUAUAUCCUGGAGAACCCCCGCUCGUCGAUGCUCUUUACAUACUUGGUGGAAUUCUUCCGGAUGCUUCGUAGGGCCGGAGUGAAGGUGUUCCAAAUCCACUUCUGGAUGCAAGCCUUUGCCAGUAGCACACCAAAGAGAACCACACUAGUUUCCAACGGAAAGCGGAUUGGUGCUUUGUUCAACAUUGCUUGUUCGGCUUCCAGCUCCGGGAAGCGAGAGCAUGAAGGUGAAGAGUUGGUCAAAACAUGUCGGGCCUAUGUAGAUGGGCAAGGCAGGAAAAGAUACCAAGGAACUCCUGCCCUCAAAGAGACACAGACUUAUACGCCAUUCUUCGCCAAGUCGUUGGUGUCACUGAUUCCGGAUAUGCUCAAAGACCCUCCAACUUUUGAUUUGGAAGUAGACAUGGAGACUCCCCUCCCAGACCUCUUGCGGAAUUGGUCGUCCUGGGAAGACGCAGAACUUGGCUCAGUGCUGCUUUACCUGCGGGGCAGCAAAUGCUUGAAAAUGCCCGAGGAGUACAAAGCUGUGUUCCCAUCUUUUUUGGAUGUGGGGCCCAGCCUUCAAAACAGAAAGCUGGAGCUAUUUGACCUAAAAAAGGUCUAA